CAACGAACAUCGAAGAUACAUCGAGCUUGAAGAAUACUUUUGCUGGAAACCCUGGGUAUUUAAUGUGUUCAGCUGAGACAUUAUUUCAAACUGCAACACGCACGCCACACACAACAUGACACUAAUUGUGUGCGUGUGCGAUUAUUGGCAACGCCGCCACUUCUACGAUCAAAGCCCGAUCCAACCGACAAGCAAAACCGGCACUAGCCAGAAUGGUUCAGUUCGCCGACUGAGAUUGCAACUGGAUGCCAUAACUGCCAACUAUUGGUUGCGCGAGCUACUGCAGCAGGAGGUGCUGCGUCGCCGACUACAGUGUGAUCAUGGAGUCCAGCUAUUGUGGCUGUCACUGCAUCCACCCGAAUGCGGCACCAUUGACUACAAGUGGGCCGAUAUGCUGGCGCAUACAAUAUGGGAGCACAUCGAGGUGGAACAUUUAAUGUCAUGGCUCUCCACUCUGGGUGGAGGCUUCUCGGCACUGGGCGAACAGUUUGAACGAUGUGCUCAGACGGCGGGAAAAAUCUCGCUGCAACAACUAAAUAUUGGCCUGCGUCUGGGUGAUCCGUUUCUGCAGGCGCGCUGCAAGCUUUACUACAGCAUAUCCCUAAUCCAACGUGGACAUCUGCGACAUGCCAAGCAACUGAUACGCGCCCAGUAUCAGUUCGCAAUGAAGCACAAGGAGCACGACCAGCGACUAGUGCGGAUGUGUCUGGGCAUUUGGCUGAGAUUACGGUUCGAGUAUGAGGAGCGCCGUGGGCGACAGUUAAAUUGAAAUAUUGGCUGAACAUUGCCAACGGAUGGUAGUCCUCAGGGCGGCUAGCAUUAUGUAUAGAUCGAGAUUAUAUUCCGAUCGAAAGGUAUUGCAUUUUAUAAGGUUGUUGGCCACCAGAACUUAUAAAGUGCAAUUCAUCGCUGUUGUCUAAGUUUAAGUUUAAGUAUAAAAUGAACUGUUCAUGGUUAAACUGCUAGUUACGUAGAUACUAAAUAUACAAUUUGGAUAUUCUAUA